AUGAGAGGAAUAUUUCAACUAAGAACUUGUCAGCAAGCACUUAGGAUCACAUUCUCAACCAACCCAUCACAUCGAUAUAUUAAACCAAGAUUCUUAUCAACUGCCUCAAAUCAACCCAUCACUAAUCAACUAACAUCAGAUUUCAAAUUAAUUCAUUUACUAAAAGAUAUCAAAACUUGCAUAAACUCAUUCCAAACUGAACCACAUGAUCAAGAAGAAAAGGAAAUCAUCAGUUCAUUGAAUUCAUCAAUUCAAGAUUUAAAACAGUUUAAAGAAAACAGGCUCAAGAGAUUAGGAGUUUAUGGUGAUCGGAUUAGUGGUAGAGAUCAAUUCAUCAAUUGUUUAUUAUGUGAUCCUUUAAAUGAAAGUUAUCAUCAAACAACUGAUCAAUUACUCAAUUCUAGAAAUAUCCAUCAAACUGGUCUGAUUCGAAUCAGGUAUGGAUCGAUUGCUAAAUGGAAUGAAGAUCAAUCUAUACUCGAGAUCCCAAAUCAAUGGUUAAAAGAAAACAAUAUAGAAAUCAUAGAAGAUGAAAAGUUUAAAAGUUUAGAAGAAAAUGAUAUUCAUUUAUUAAUCAUUGAUAAUAUUAGAAAAGAAAUUCAACCACAAAUGUAUUUCAAACUUUUACAUUUUAAUGAAUUCUUCAUUGGAAUCAAUCAAAUCGGAUAUCAAAAAGACCCAGAAGAAAUGUCAUUUAAUUUACCUCAAUCUUUAAUUCCAUUAAAGUUUCCUAAACCUUUUGAAAUUAAUACGUUUCAAACUUUGAAUUCAUUUAAAACUUUUCAAAAUCAUUCAGGAGAAGGUUUUGAUUUGAACGAGUUUUAUAAGUUGAGAGAAGAAAUCAAAUCGAUCUCAUUAAAUCCUCAUCAAGUACUACAAACAUCAAUCUCAAGAGGUCGUUUAUCAAUCUCAAGCAUAUCUCAAACAAUCUUAAAAUCAUCUGAAACUUUAAUCGAACUAGAAAACUUGAUCAAAUCACAUGAAGAAAAGAUAAAAAGUAUUCGAAAUGAAUUAAACCAAACCAUGAUAAAAGUUGAUGAAAAGUUGAUCCAAAUCAAUGAAAAUCAAAUCCAAGAAUUCUUUAAUGAAAAACUAAAAUGGUGGAAAGUUUUAAUCUUUUCAAUUGAUAUAGGUGAACCGAUCCGGAAUUUCACGUAUCAAGAAGAUAUAAAAUUAAAACUUUUAUUAUCAUAUCAAUCAGGUCAACUUUCAAUCUAUUCCAAAACCCUCAAAACCUUAACUAAAGAAAUCCUACAAACUCAAUCACCUUUAAUCCCUUCAACAACCAAACACAAUCUUUUAAUCUGCUUGAACCAAAACGAAUCCCAACUUCAACUUCAACUUCAAAACUUAUACGACUUACAACAAAAAGACUUGAAUUUAGAAAGAUUCGUCAAUGUGAUCAAACAAGAAUAUUCGACAAUUUAUUUAAAAUAUAGUACGAUCUCUGUUGGGUUUCUGAGUAUUUUAGGAUUCAGUUGGUAUGGUCAAUGGAUUGGAAUCGAAAAUGUAAUGAGUUUUUUGGGAGUGUUUGGGGUGAUUGGUUGGUUAAGAUUAGAAGGGAUUUGGAAAAAGAGAGUUUUAAGGAAAGGUUUAAAGGAUUGGAAACGAUCUAAAGAGUUACUUUUUUCUCAAUUAAAAGAAAAAGAAACGAAUCUAAUUGAAAAAGAAAUAUUCAAAACUAAUGAAAACGUAGUACAUAAGUUUCAAGAAAUUUUAAAAGUUCAUCAAACUCAAAUUUUUUUACAACAAGUUAAUGUAAAAGAAUUGAUCCAAAGAUUAGAUCAAUUAGAAAUCGAAAUUCGAAAUCAAAAUCCAAACUCAUGA